AUGGACUCGGACGACGACGAAGAUGGACAGGCGGGAGAUGGUCAGGGCGAGGGCGAAGACGAAAAGAUGGUAGUGCAUGACUCGUCGGUAGCUGCCUUCUUUGAGCACAAAGGCGAGUCGGUCUUCAGUGUCAAGCUGCAUCCCUCUUACCCCAAUCCUCCUCUGGCGGUGUCCGGUGGCUUCGACGAGACGUCGUUCAUCUGGAAUGCAGACGAUGGGACGCCGGUGCAGCAGUUGCUACCCAAGCACAAGGACUCGGUGACUAUGGUCGGCUGGAAUGCAGAUGGAACACUGGUGGCGAGUGGUGGCAUGGACGGCAUGAUCAACGUAUGGAAGAAGGCCGAUGAGACAUGGCAGAAGUGGGAGCAUGUGCAGACACUGGAAGGAGGUGAUGAAGUGCAGUUCAUCACAUGGCAUCCCAAGGGGAAUGUCCUCGUCGCAGGCUAUGGCGAUGCGACCGUCUGGAUGUGGCAGCUGCCCAAGGGCGAGGUGAUGCAAGUCUUCUCCGGCCACGAAGAGGCAGUGACAGCAGGGAAAUUCACCCCAGAUGGCAAGAAGCUCCUCACCACCUCUACAGACGGCAGUCUUAUCAUCUACGACCCUCGUCAACCUGUAGGCCUCUCCAAGCUCUCGGUCCACGAUACAAGGUUCUACUGCGAUGGCGGCUUUGUUUCGCUCGCUAUCUCACCCGACGCCAAGCUUGCAGCCGUAGGAUCCGUCUCUGGUGAAUCGCGUAUCGCUUCCCUCACUGGCGUUGAUCAAGGGGGAGGUCUGGCGGUGGUGUGUGCUCUCAAGGGGCAUCAAGCCGGAGAGUCUGUCGAAGGCAUCGCCUUCAUCGACUUGCUUGGGCAGGGACAAGUGGCCGGUGCUGGUCACCUCGUCACCAUUGCAACGGACGGCAAAGCCAUUGUCUGGGAUCUCACCACGCAAAAGGCGCGGGUGGAGUGUGUCCACUACGAGGGGGAGGCAGACGCAGAGGAGAACGGAGGCGCCCUCACUACCGUUGUCACACACAAUUUGGGCCCCUUCUUCACCACGGCUAGCUCGAGCGGGACAAUGAGGACAUGGGACGCUAGGAGUGGAAAGUCGAUAGCAAAGCAUGAAGGAUUCACAGAUGGUGUGCUGGAUGCAGAUGUCAAGAGCGACGGAGCUGGAGGUUGGAGGCUAGUGGGAGCUGGGGAUGAAGGCGUCGCACUCGUCUUCAAGUGUUAA